AUCUCAAACUGGAAACUUUUUCCGACUUCACCUAACAAAAUGUCGUCGGAGACGUCCAAAAUCACGUCGGAGAUAACAACCGGCGCCGAUUACGGCCUUAAUCUCAACGAAACAGCGCUUACCUUAGGUUUACCAGGGGAUUCACGAGGUCGAAAGUUGGGAGCAAAGCGACGAUUCUCGGAAGCGAUUGAUUUAAAAUUAAGCAGCAAUGAAGAUUCCGAAGCUAAUCAAUCGGAUACCGAAUGCUCCGAUGCUACAAAACCGCCUUCCGAAACAGAACGAGUGGUCGGAUGGCCACCGGUGAACUUGCACAGGAAGAACGCUGUGAACAGUAAUUUUAAGUUUGUAAAGGUGGCGGUCGACGGAGCACCAUAUCUGAGAAAAGUAGAUCUGGGAUCAUAUGCAGGCUAUCAGCAGCUUCUAUUCGCUCUAGAAGACAUAUUCUCCUGUUUCACUAAUAGCGUAUUGAAUGAGAAAAAGUUGAUGGAAAAGGAAUAUGUUACAACGUAUGUGGAUAAAGAUGGGGACUGGAUGCUUAUUGGUGAUGUUCCAUGGACGAUGUUCUUCGAGACUUGCAAGCGAAUAAGGUUAAUGAGAAGCUCAGAAGCCAUUAAUGGACUAGCUCCAAGUAGGCAAGAACACCUUCAAAAUUCUCCAUCUUUAGCUGUUGAAAAAGGUAUUUUUCAUUUGUGAUCCAUGGGUGUAAAUGAUUCGAGAUUCUUCAAUUUACUACAUUCGCAUAUGAUCGAAGGGAAAUGGAUAUGGUAUAUGAUGGUGACUGUAUACAUAUAAAACAUAUAUUUUUUUUAAGCGGUUGAAAUCCAGUUACAUAUACGUUAACAGUCGUAUGUUUUCUUGGAUCACAUCACACCGUUUUACAUUUAACACACGGAUAAUUGUUCACGAUGUAAAGUUUUUUUUUUUUUUUUUUUUUUUCUCAAUCUGUGAUUGAGAUUUAUUAUUAUUUUUUUU